AUAUAGCUCGGACUAUGUUGAGAUUGAUGAACUGUUGCCGUUAGUGGGCGCCGCACGUGCUAAGAGUACCCCGGAACUGCAACUGCAACAUGUUGUAGGCUUGAACAGCAGUCUAGCAAUGGGUCAGAAUCUGAGCCUGCGACGACCGCGUAUCUCACUGACCUGGGUGCUGAGGGAGCAACAGCAACCUCAACAGCAGCAGCAACAGCAACAGUCGCAGCAACAGACUCAAAAUGAUAACGACAACAUAUCCGGUGAUAAGCCACCUAACGGACACGCCCAUACCAACGGCAGCGCAAACACAAGCAGUACUUUAAGUAAACAACGCGUCGAUCCUGUGCCGACCCAGCUGGACGUAGGGACCGGAAAGAAACGGUACCGUGUAAAGCAAUUACCCGGCGGCACUGAGCCACUCAAUGGGUACGCCACCACUCCCACCGCCCACUUGCCCCCCUCAAACGGACAAUUGGCGGCCCAAAAGUUCUUCAGCAAUCAGAAUUUAUUGGACUAUAAGGACAAAGCGCGUGGCCCUAGUGCUCCAGUCGCCUCCACAUCCACCAAAGAGCUACUCUUCGUCUGCACACCUCAGCGUGCCCCCAAGAGUGAUGCACAUAGCGAGGCGUUGUUGCUGGCGCGCAAGCGCAACGAGAUUCGCAAGAAGUUGGCAAGCAAGUUGCAGCAGGCACGAGCCGCAGCAGCAGCUACUGCCACAGCAGCACCAGUUCCUGACGGGGGCGCCGAAGCCACUGCCGAGUCGCUAAAGGGCACCUACUCUGAGCCGAGCCUGGUGGCGGCCUCGGAGGGUGUGCCGCAGCAACAACACCGUCGGCACCGUCAUCGCAAGCGACGCGAUCGCAAUCGCGUCCAGCGCUUUGGCUACGAGAUACACAAUGUGGACGAGUUCUUGUCCAAAUGUUCGCUGGCGGCGCCCGGCAAUAUUCCCGUCGUCCUGGCAACUGCCAGCACUCUCUACCAAACUAGGCCGGGUGGCUAUCAGCUAGAGAUUCCAUUACCUCUGGGCAUGGUCGUGAAUGCGGUGUUUAAGAACCAGAAUUGGCUUUAUGUGCAGACCCCGCAUGCAGAGGAGGGGUACGUGGGCUAUGCGUGUUGCCUGCCCCUCGGGAUUCUGCCGCCAAUGGCACGCGGCUCCAAGCACACCCCCUGCUGGGAGUCCAAUGCGGAUGUGUUUCCGCGUCCGUGCGGCAACAUGACGGACUCUGAGAAGGAGAUUCGAUUACGUGGCGGCACGCGCUCGGAUGGUGCUCGCACACCACGCUCCAAGCCAACGGAGGAAACUCUGCUGCAGCACAGCAAUCACAACAAUAACAACAACAACAAUAAUCACAUGCCAAAUGGCAGCAGCAGCUUGGCAGGCUCCCUCUAUGGCGAGCAGCAUGUGGACAAGCUGUAUUUGCGCGCUGCUUCACAGCCCAAGCUAGUGGAGAAGGCCUAUGCGCAGCUUCGGUCCACAAAACAGGUGGCCACCGCGUCGGUGCGCUCCACAUCCAAUGAUGAGUACGUGACAUUGCAGCAGUCCCGAUCAAAGCAGAAGCAUCUCCAUCAGCCGCCACCACAGACGCGACGUCUAUCGAACGCUUCAUACAUCACCAAUGGCCACAAUGGCCAGCAUUUGCAUCCAAAGAGCAUCCAGCAGCAGCAGCCGAAUGCUGUACAGCAACCACCGCCAUUACAGCAACCGCCGGUGCUAACCGUGCCCCAGACGCUACUCAAUGCGGUACGAAGGCAGCAGCAGAAUGGCCUGCGCCAAACUCUAGUCGCCAUCAACUCGGACUACAUCACCGACAGCAUUGCCGUGCACAAGGGCGAGAUUGUGACGUUGUGUGAGUGUCGCGAGUCGAAGGACCAGCGGCAGUGGUUCUAUGUCAAGACCCGCGACGGGCGCGAGGGCUUCAUUCCGGCUGAGGUGGCCGGCCAUGGCUACUUGUAA